AUGUUGCCCUUGUUUUCUGAGCAGCAUGGGUUCAAAAAGCCAAAUGAUGACCGUGCUCUUCAUCUGAUGACCAAGUGUGCCCAGACAGUGAUGCAAGAGUUGGAGGAUAUUGCUAUUGCUUAUGGACAGAGCGAUGAAUAUAGUUUUGUUUUCAAAAAGAAGAGUAGAUGGUUUAAAAGAAGAGCAAGUAAGUUCAUGACUCAUGUGGUCUCCCAAUUUGCCUCAAGUUACGUUUUCUAUUGGAAGGAUUACUUUAAGGACCAGCAACUUCUGUACCCACCAGGAUUUGAUGGACGAAUUGUGUUGUAUCCCAGCAACCAAAAUUUAAAGGACUACCUCAGCUGGAGACAAGCAGAUUGCCAUAUUAAUAAUCUCUAUAAUACAGUGUUUUGGAUGCUUGUACAGCGAAGUGGUUUGACACCAGUGCAAGCACAGGUACUUUCUCAGGGAACUUUGGCUGGAGAUAAGAAUGAAAUCUUAUUUUCUGAAUUCAACAUCAACUACAACAAUGAACCUUUGAUGUAUAGAAAAGGAACUGUCUUAAUAUGGCAGAAGAUUAAUGAAGUCAUGACUAAGAAAAUAAAACUGCCAAAGGAAACGGAAGAAAAGGAAGUUGAAGUGAGCCGGACUAAGACUAAAGUCGUUCCCCUGCACUGUGACAUUAUUGGGGACCAGUUCUGGGAGGAAUAUCCUGAGAUUCUGGCUGCGGAUAGUUGAUAUCUCUGAUAAGUAUAACUGGUAGUUUACGUUUUGCUCUGCUUGGGUUGUUGGCAAGUGAGGAGUAUGAAUGGUGGCUGGCAGAGUUUAACCUGUAACCCUCUUCAAAACUACAUUGGUUUUAGCACUGUCAUUGCCUGAAAAAAAGACACUGGUAUGUUGUCUGACAUACAAGGGUAUGCCCAUGUGGAAAACCUAAAAUCAUAUUGUAUUUUGAAUGUUAAGAACUCAUCAUAAAUUAAGACUGCUCCUUGUACAUGCAUAUAUGUAGAAAAAGUGUAUAGAAAUUUCAUGCAUUUCUAUAGCAUUUAAACCAUGAGGUACUUUACUGAACUGCCGAACUAUAAAAAAACAUUGCAUAUUAGAACUGACAAAAGCAGAAGAGAAAAUGAUUCUUUUGAUUUUCGUUUCAACUGAGACGGUCCAGAAUACUUCAACUGGCACUUAGUAUUAAAUUUCAAGGCUAGUGUGUUUAGUCAGAUUAGUGACAAACUGUUCAAAUGCCUCAUGUCUCUGAUUCUUACAGAAAGGAAAUGGAGUAGCUCAGCCAUUUCCUAUGACUGAUUU